GGCACAGAGCCUGGAGCUGGGCGCUGACUACAGCAAGGUACCAUCAGUGGAGAAGGUUUUGAAGGCGCUGGCUGGAAAAUUUGCAGAGAUGAUUCGCCAGGGCAAUGGCACCUUCAACUCCAUCCCAGAGCUGGCUGUAGAGAGGAUGGCACAGGUCAUCCAGGAUCUGCGGGAGGAGAUGGCUCGUGUCACAGAGAAGGUGCAGUCCAUCGCCAACAGCUUCCCUCUCCCCGACUACACCCGGCCUGUCAGCGAAGCCCUGGUGAAGGCCGAGGACAGGAGCCAGCCAUACCUCCGGGAGGUGGAGCGCUUUGAGCAGUACAGGUGGAUCAUGGGCACAGUAUUGUGCUCUAUCAUCCUCCUCAUCCUCACCUGCAAUGUGACAGGGAUGGCCCUCGGGGCAUAUGGGCUCUCCAAGCGGGAAGACCCGAGUGACUACGAGUGCCGAGGAGAAGCUGGUGCCAAGUUUCUCCUGGUUGGCGUGGGCCUGGCUUUCCUGUUCUCCUGGCUCCUCAUCCUCCUGGUUUUCGCCACCUUCCUGGUUGGGGGCAACAUUCAAACGCUGGUUUGCAGGAAUUGGGUCAACCAGGAGAUUUAUAAGUUCAUCGACACCCCUGGGAACCUGCCUCCAUCCAUGAAUCUCACCCGCCAGCUCAACCUCAGGAGGGACUCUAACCUCAGUGCUGUGUACCGGGAGUGCAAGAGCGGUGCAGGGCUGUGGGAGGUGCUGCAGCUCGAGAGCUCUUAUGACCUGGAUGAGCAUCUAAAAACCCCCAAGUACACGGCCGAUUUCCAAAAACGUCUGGGCGACUUCACGGCGCGCCUGGGCGACGUGCGGCUCCUCCGCAGCGAGGGCAGGCAGGACCUGGAGACCUUCGCUCGCAGCGGCAUGGACGAGGUGGACUACGCACGCUUCCAGGAGGAGAUGAAAAUUCCCGUGGUGAAGACCAGCCUCCCUGGCUUGGCAAGGAGCCUCGAGGCGCUGCAGAAAAUGCAGAGGAAUGGCACGGUGGCAGGGCGGCUGGCUGCUGAGGCCCAGGGGCUGUGGCAGAUGCAAAAUUCCACAGUGCACUCGCAGGAAGCUUUGGUGGCAAAGCUGGGGGAAAGCAUCCAGUUCCUCUCCCGCUUGGCACCACACCUCCAGGAGCGAGUGAAGACAACGCUGGCCACCACAGCCUCCGUGGAAGCCCGGCUGCCUGUACAAGCCCAGCACAUCCUCCGGCAGGAGAUCGGCUGCUUCACCAGGAAGGAGCUGCGGUACUUCACACAGUACCUGAACUGGGUCGGGCAGACGCUGAGGGAGGAUGUGGCUUCAUGCCAACCGCUUGCCACGGCCCUGGACAAUGGGCGGGUGAUCCUGUGUGACCGCAUCACUGACCCCUGGAACGCUUUCUGGUUCAGCCUUGGAUGCUGCACCUUCUUCCUCAUCCCUAACAUCAUCUUUGCCAUCAGGCUCACCAAACACUUCCGCCCUAUCCACCGGCUCAUCUCUACAGGGUCAGAGGAGACCUGUCCCUUCCACAUCCCCCGGGUCACAGCACUCAAGCUCUAG